UCUAUUUGUUUUCAAUGUUCUUGGGAAAAUGCUUGUAGAUGUUCCUCUGCUUCAUGGUCUUCGUCCUCUGGUGCAACUGAGAUGGAUUUUCUCGCCGUUUCCGUCGAAAAUUCGCACCGAGAAAGUGCGGGAAAGUAUGGGAUUUGUGUUGCUGUGUUCGUGGAAACAUGGCUGGAAUCACCAUUCGAUGUAAACCAUAAGAUAAAUUAAAAUUUACUCAAUUUUUCAUAUAUUUUUAAAAAAAUUUCUGCUGAAUUUCUACUUCCCGAUUUCGAAAAUUUAAAACAAUUCACCCUGGUAGCUUUGAAUUUGACCAUUUCGAUUUGGGUUUCCGGCGGUUCUUCAAUUUCUCAGUUUUUCACACUUUUCUGGUGAAAUUCUACUUCUUUGUUCUGAAUUCAUGAAAAAAAUUGAUCUGGGUAGCUUUAGAUUCGAUUAUUAGAUUUGGGUUCCGGCGAUUUUCUGCAAUUUUUUUUUUUUUUCAAUGGCGCAAACAGAGGAAGGCGGGAACAUAGCAACCCAGCAGGUGUUCCCAAUGCAAGGGAGUAAUUUUCCGGGCGAUUUGUAUGGGCAAAUGGUUGCCGGAAACAGUUUUCCGGGAAAAUUCGGGGAGCCGACCUCUGAGGAUUCGGAGGAGAUUGAGCUGAGCCUGGGCCUGUCGCUGAACGGUCGGUUCGGAGUGGACCCCGCGAGAGCCAAAAUGGUGGCUCUAAAACGCUCGUCGUCAAUCUCCGAUUUCGGUUUUACGCCGGCAAGAGAAGAAGAGACGACAUGUCGUGUGUCAGGGCCGUCGCGCGCGGUACCUCUGAUGAGGACUUGUUCUCUUCCGACGGAGACGGAGGAAGAGUGGAGGAAGAGGAAGGAGCUGCAGAGCUUGAGGAGAAUGGAAGCGAAGAGGAAGAGGUCGGAGAAGCAGCUGAGGAACUUGAAGGUGCCGAGGGAUCGGAGCCGGGAGAACGGCGGCGAGGAGGAGAAGGCGGCGGAAGUGGCGAAUGGGGUUCAUAGGAAAGAGCAGUUUGUGAGGGUUUUGGAUGAGUUUAGAGCAAUGGGGAUGCCCAAUUGUCCUGCUCCGCCGCUACUGGCGGCAUCUCGAGGUAGUGGCUCAACUGGGAUUUCGGAAUCUGAGAGCCAAGCUGCUGCUACACCUCAAGGAGUGCACAAAUGCACCGAAGCAAGAAGCCACGCCGAAGCUCAGUCUUCGCCAAAGACUGAGAAGGAACUGCUAGCGACACCAAGGAUGAUAACCGCUCAGGGAUCAGGUCAGUUCAUUGGAGUCCAAAUGGAAAUCAACUGUAAUAAACCCCCAGUUCCAGAAGCCGGCCCCAACGAAAUCAUGAGGAACGUGUUGGAGAACAUGCCCUGUGUGUCUACGACAGGAGAUGGCCCUGACGGGAAAAGAAUAGAAGGGUUUCUUUACAGAUACAAGAAGGGUGAGGAAGUGAGGAUAGUAUGCGUUUGCCAUGGCAGCUUUCUCUCACCGGCGGAGUUUGUGAAGCAUGCCGGCGGAGGUGACGUGGAGCACCCGUUGAAGCAUAUAGUGGUGAAUCCUAGUCCGUUAUUGUAGUUGCUAGUGCCCUUUUGGACCAUGUCAAAACCUAGAUGUGAGGACGAGGAAGGAAGUAGGGAAAGAUGCAUCAAUGUUGCUUUUACCGUUUGUUUUUUUGGUAUAUUUAAAUUUGGUCUUUCAAUGGAUUUGUGGGCACUUGUAUUGAACUCGGUACAUGAAGCUUCUUGUUGGAAGGCUAUGAUGUUUAUAAACUUGGCAGACUCGAAAUAGGUCGUUCAGUUCUA